AUGGAGCGAAAGUUCUUUGCUGUGUUGCCAACGAUUCCAGAGAGACUUGACAACACGCUCGACAUUGUUAUGGAGUGCUCAUCAGUCAAACAUGGUGAAUAUGGACAGAGUCCUCAUCCGAACCGGUCGGAGAAUGAGAAAAUGGAGAUUCAACAGCCUCAAAUCCCAGUCCAAGAUGCCUGUGAACAGUUUCAAGGCUCGCGUUCGCAUCUGCGCCAUACCACAGGCGCACAACAUGAUCCCCCUGUCCAAAGCGCAGCCCACGAACCCCAGCGACGGCCUGCGAUGAGAUACUCUGGAACAAACCCAUCUCUUCAGCACGGAAACAUUAACAACAUUACACCAACGUCCACGGAUAUACCUGAAUCAGCAACGCCUAAGCCUAUGUCCAAUGGAGCUUUCCGGAGACACCGUGAACCAAGCUAUGUUGAGCUGCAAAGAAAGGCUCAACAAAUCCACAGCAUUGAUAGUCCCCCCGGAAUUAGCGGUCCUCUCCAGCCAGGGGUUCUCGGUGGUACUCAUAUGGACGAUGACGCCGCUUCGAGUGGCGACGAUGAUUCGGACCAGCCAGAACGCCGAACAAAUUUCUUUCAACAGACUCUUUCUCGCAUAUUUCAACGCAAGACCGACACACACCCUUGGGACGGCAGCAGAGAGCCUAUUCUGCAGCAUCAGCAGAGCUUGACAACACGACCCCACUGGCCAUUUCACUACAAAGCUAGUUCCAGCAAGAAUAAGGGCUUUGAAAUCGCACCACUCCAGGCCGACUCGUACGAAGGCGAAGAAGACCUGCUACCUCAAGGGCAGGAGUCUCUGCUCCUGAGAAAGCUCUUCGCAGGCCAUGGAAACAGAGGGCCACCAUCUCCAUCUGCUGGCACAGCACCUCCUCAGUCUCCCAAACUCCAACGCCGCAACGCCCAAAGGAAGACACAUCGGGAUCCAAAAUUACCUGGCGCAGCACAUGAGAACAUCCAAUUCCAUGGCGAUCGAUUCAAUGCCAAUGUUCGUCGGAGGACUAAAGCCAGGAAUGUCAAGCUCAUCCAUCCGUCUCCCGUCGAGCUCGCCAAGCGCAAAGGCAUACUCCCUCAGAUCAUAGAGGUAGCUGAGGAGGCGGAAGCGAGUGAAUCCAGUUACAAAUUAGCUGUAACGCCUCAAGAUGAGGCAGCAGAGGAAAAUUUCGCUCCCAAGAUCCAUGAGAUUUUUUUGGAGGGCAAGACGAUCGUCGACCGCGAUCAUGAGCAGGGAGGAAAAAGGAAACGUCAAAGCGAAGAGACCCACCAGGGUCCUCACUACAGCACAGACGAGAAAGCCGCACAGCAUGACUGCCACGAUAAUGCGCACAGCCGAAGCGUACAGACACUUGCCGAACCCAGGAGGUUCCCACUUGUUGUCGAGGAGGCACAACAGACCUCUGUAACUUCCUCUGCGCCAACCUCUCCGCCCUCAACGGAGUCAACCCUCAAACCUACGCCAGCCACGGCACCAGCUCCUGAGCCCGAAACCCUCGCGCAAAGCGGCUCCCAGUGUGGCACACCAGGGUGCACCUGGCCAUACUGCUCGCGCAUACGCGGUAACUUUCGGAUGCCAGUGCCGGACACGGACGGCAAAGUGAAGUCUGAUAGCGGAAGCGGCGCCUCGGAGGUGAGGAACGAGGCUGAUAUCGUGUCGGCUGGGAAUGGUUUCUCUUUUCUUCGGCUGAAUUGA